UGCUGGUUCGUGGCUGCAUGGCAACGGCGAGCUGUGUACAAGGAGGAGGGCAGAAGGGACCUCACAGCAAUUUCACCGCACACGAACAUCCCCCCGUUUCUCCAGACAUACUGCCGCAUUUUUGGGGGGGGAGGGGGGCGGCCAACAAAAAAAAAGACGCAGCGACUUGGAUGCGGCGUGUCGUUGGCGCACACUGACAGGUGAGGAGUUGGCACUGAUCCGCGUCGGCGCGCGAUAUCCUCUGCGCCUGUGAGAUCUUUAAUCAUGACCACUGAGGAGACAAUCUCCGUGAAGGAGGCCGAGGUGAUCAAGGUGAUACUGGACUUCCUGAACUCCAGGAAGCUGCACAUCAGCAUGCUGGCCUUGGAGAAGGAGAGCGGCGUCAUCAACGGACUCUACUCCGAUGACAUGCUCUUCCUCAGACAACUGAUUCUGGACGGCCAAUGGGAGGAGGUGAUGCAGUUCAUUCAACCGCUGGAAGGAAUGGACACGUUUGACAGGAAAAGGUUUCGCUACAUCAUUCUGAAGCAGAAGUUUCUGGAAGCUCUGUGGGUAAAUAAUGCUAUGUCCGCUGCUGAAGACCCUCAUAAUCUGGAGCUCACCAUGCAAGCGGCGGUCAAGUGCCUCCACGCCGUGGAGGAGUUCUGUCCGACCAAGGACGACUACGGCAAGCUGUGUCUCCUCCUCACCCUGCCGCGCCUCACCUCUCACGCAGAGUUCAAAGACUGGAACCCCAGCACGGCACGUGUCCAUUGUUUCGAAGAAUCCUGCGCCAUGGUGGCGGAGUUCAUCCCGGCCGACAGGAAGCUGAGCGAAGCGGGUUUCAGGGCGAGUGGAAACCGCCUCUUCCAGCUGCUCAUCAAAGGGAUUCUGUAUGAGUGCUGCGUUGAAUUUUGUCAGAGCAAAGCAACUGGCGAGGCGAUCACAGAGGAGGAGGUGCUGCUCGGUGUGGAUCUUCUCUGCGGGAACGGCUGUGACGAACUGGACUUGUCGCUGCUCUCCUGGCUGCAGAACGUCGCCCCGGGUGCCUUCUCCUGCGCCUUCCAGCAGAAGACCCUCAGCAUCCACGUGGACCGCCUGGUGAAGCCCAGCAAGGCCGGCCACGCCGACCUCCUCACGCCACUGAUCAGCCGCCUGUCCCCCUGCCCGACCUCACCCUUCCACCACAGGCCGCAUUCAGCAGACGCCUACAUGUCGAGAUCCCUCAACCCGGCUUUGGACGGCCUGUCCCACGGCCUGGCAGCCCAGGACAAGAGGGGCACGGAGGCCAGCGCAAAGUCCGCCCUGAGCCGGAGCCUGGUGGAGAACAACGUGCAUCAACAGGACGAUUCGCCAGAAAAGAAAAACUCACAAAGGCCGGAUGGACCCAACACCACACGCACACCUCUAACCCCUGGAAAAGAUGGUGGACCACCCAGCAGCACAGAAGAGAAUGAGCGUCCGGACUCCACAGAGCACAUCCAGGAGUAUCACAGGCAGCGUCUCCGCGUGCAGCAGCAUCUGGAGCAGAAGCAGCAGCAGAGACACCUUUACCAGCAGAUGCUACUGGAGGGGGGGGUGAAGCCGCAGGACGCAGCCCGAAACAACCUCACAGAGACCUUCCUCAGCAGAUCCAUUCAGAAGUUGGAGGAGAUGAACGUGGGCAUGGACCACAGAGGAGAUGAGGUAAUGGCACAGUGGAGCGGACCCCCGGGGAGCGCCAGCUCAUCCAGUCUCAGAACCCCCAACGCCUCCCACACGCCGGACUGUGAGCUAAAGCCCGGCGGAGGAGUCAGCAGCACCCCGUUAGGGACCGGGGGACCCGACUUGGCUUCCCACGCCGAGUCCCCAGGUCCCGCCAGCCAGAGUGUUGAGAGGCUUAGAGGAUCUUGCCCCACAGUCCAAGAUGAUUCUGGCUGCUCUGCGGCACGUAACCCACAAGAGCAGGGGAAAUCCAGAGCGCAGUUUGUGAAAGUGAACCAGCUGGAGGACACACAGGCUGUCCGUGCAGUGGCCUUCCAUCCCUCUGGAGCGCUCUAUGCUGUUGGCUCCAACUCAAAAACCCUGAGAGUCUGUGGCUACCCGGAGAAACUGAACAUCAGUGGUUCUGGUGCAGUCAAACCGCCGGCGGUACGUUUUCGGAGGAACAAACACCACAAGGGCUCAAUCUACUGCGUAGCCUGGAGCCACUGUGGACAACUGUUGGCUACUGGCUCCAAUGACAAAUUUGUCAAAGUCCUGCCAUUCAAUGCAGAGAGCUGCAAUGCCACAGGCCCAGACCUGGAGUUCAGCAUGCAUGACGGGACCAUCAGGGACCUGGCCUUCAUGGAGGGCCUUGGGAGUGGAGGAUCCAUCUUGAUCAGCGCAGGGGCCGGAGACUGCAACAUCUACACAACAGACUGUCAGAGAGGACAGGGGCUGCACGCGCUGAGUGGACACACUGGUCACAUUCUUACUCUGUACACGUGGGGAGGAUGGAUGAUUGCCUCUGGCUCCCAGGACAAGACGGUGCGGUUCUGGGACCUGCGGGUGCCAAGCUGCGUCCGGGUUGUCGGAGCAACUCUGCACGGCUCAGGAAGUGCGGUCGCUUCGGUGGCGGUGGAUCCCAGCGGCCGCCUGCUCGCCACGGGUCAGGAGGACAGCACCUGCAUGUUGUACGACAUCAAAGGGGGCCGCAUAGUUCAGACGUACCGCCCUCACAGCAGUGACGUCCGCUCGGUGCGCUUCUCCCCCGGAGCCCACCACCUUCUCACCGGCUCCUACGACAACAAAGUUAUCAUCAGUGACCUUCAAGGUGACCUCACAAAGCCCCUCCCCCAGACUGUGGCGGGGGAGCACUGGGACAAGGUGAUCCAGUGCAGGUGGCACCCGCACGAGCGGACCUUCCUCUCCUCCUCCGCCGAUCGGACUGUCGCCCUGUGGGCCCCGGGGCCCGGGCCCCUGAGCCGGCCCCUGGAGAAACACUGGUCGACAACAGCAGGAAGCACAUGGGAGCGCUGAGCGCUGCGGUGUGCGUUUGUGUACCCGUACCGCGCGCAUCAAGCUGUUUAUGUGCUGCUCGGUUUAGAGUCAACAGUGUGUGUGUGUGUGUGUGUGUGUGUGUGUGUGUGUGUGUGUGUGUGUGUGUGUGUGUGUGUAUUAUGUGACAGAUGUGUGAGGCUGAAAAUAUUAGAAAACGUAGAAUUCUGAAAAAGUUUUUUAUUGAAAUUUUGAAAAAAAAGAUUAAAGGAAACUAAGAAUAAUUUGCAAAUGCUGUCAUGAGGAAAUUUUAGUGUCAAGCAGAAUGGGCGUGAGGUUCAGUAAUAAUAAUGUGUGUGUGUCUGUGCGAGCGCGCACGCGUGUGUUUGCAUGUGCGUUUGCUUAAAACCUAACAAUGUAGGCGCUUGUAAGUCAUGAGCGAGUUCACUGCGAGCACACCUUCGAGUUUUUUAUUAUUUUUACUGUUUUACUUUUUAGUCAAGUAGUCGGAGCCGGGCACAAAAAAACGCCAACUUGGUGCAACAUGAAGCAGCCGCAGUCUCUAUAGUUCCUACAGGAAGCAGUGAGCUGGACUCUUGGUCAUGCAGAUCAUUAUGUGCCUUUUUGUAACACUUUAUGAAAUGUUUGGUGGUUAGAGAGAUUUAUUUAUUUAUUUACAGAUUUAUUUUGAUAUUUUUCGUCAUAUGCCUUUUCAUCUGUGAAUUAUUGUAGUGUCACUGUAAUGUAGAAAAUGAUCCCGCAUUGGCGUAUGUGCCCGUCUGUAUAAAUUCCCAAAGUAUUUUUCCUCACGUCCGUCACCGAAAAGUGAGAGUAAUUUUUCUAUUUUCAUUUUCAACGUGAAAAAUAUCCAUUCAUCAAGUAGAUAGAUUGCAACAUCUGAAUAAGUUUGGGUGAGGAGCUUUUUGGAUGCGUUGAAUUCAGGCCUGGAUUGGGGGUGAUUUCAAAGGAUGAGCACAGUGAAAGCAAAGCCGGGUGCAGAGCUGAAAGGAGACCCGGUGAGGAGAAAUAACCGUAUCUGUGGUAAGGGCUCAAUCACUGGCUGCAGGAGAGGAGGUACGCAAUUGUUGUCCCACAGGAUUUUUUUUUAAACAGAGAUGCAAGUUGAUUGAACAAAUGAUGAUGAAAAUAUAAGUUAGAAUAGUAAUAAGUCACUUUAAAGGUAACAACACUGCAGAACUGCACAAUGUGAAGGGACAACUUCACUUAUUUAAUUUACACAAAUCAAAGUCUCUGACUUUAUCUUCACUCUUUUUGGAACACCUAUGCAGAGACAUAACGGAUGUUGGAUGGAAGAGGGUAUCACAUCAUCUGUGGAUGACAAUGGCUUAUCAAGUGUUUUUCUUAUUUUAAACCGUGUGCCGUUUCAAACAAUGUUCGUGCAGACUCACGUGUCCUGAUGUAAGUUUCAUUGAGGUCAUUGAGUUUCAAUCUGUUAAAAUAAUGAAAUAACGUCUGUCUAGUACGAAAUAUUCUCGCUUUUGAAUAAAUAAAGGUAUUUUUAAGUUACACUGAGCUGUUGGUUAACUGAUGGAAUAAAGUAACCAAGUAUCAUCACA